AUGACAAGAUCAGCUAUUAAUCUUUAUCAAGUUGAUUGCUAGAACUCUUCAAUUUUAUUAGAUGAUUAAGAAUACAAUAUUAGACCAACCAUAGAUUCAUUUUAGGCAUUGACACUUAAAUUAAUAGAUAAACCAAUAAUAGAUUUAGGAGAAUUAUAUUAAAAUAAUACUUUCUCUGAUCAUACAACUACUAAUAAAUCUAUGAUUAGAAGAUUCUCUCAUAAAAAGAAAAUAGAAGUUUAAGUUGUAAAUUUGAAAGAAUAAAAACCUAUUGAAUAAAAAUAAUAAGAUCACUAAGAAGUUUAUAAAAAAUAAAUGAAUACUAAUAGUAUUAAUAGACAUUCAUUAAUUAUGAAAUAAUAAAUAAGAGAUUUAACAAGUAAAAUAAUCUAAAAUAAAUAGAACAUAUGUACAUUGAUAAUUUUGAUGCAAAUGAAUAUAGAAAGAAAAUUUAAUAAUAGGCAGAGAAUUUAGAAAAAGAAAUGAAAUAAUGUGAUAGAUCAUUUCAGAUUAAAAAAGUAUCUGAAAAAUCUAUAGAUAUUAGUAGUAAUUUGAAUUAAACUGUCAAGCCAACAACAGCUCCUUAAGGUUAAAGAAGAACAUAAUAUAUUAUAAAUAAAAAAAUAAUAGAUUUAAAUGUCACUUUACCAUAAUUUAAAAGAUAAUUAACUCCAGUAGAUCACAAACGAACUUCUAAAGUUCGAAAUGUUUCUGUGGCUUGAUUAUAGUUUAUUAUAUAAAUUUUUAUUAACUUUAUAUAUAACCUGAUAUUUUUUUACGAUUUAAAUUUUUAUUAUCUUAAUAUAUUAUAAUACAUUAAUAAUGUCUGGGCCUCGAAUUAUAGGCAAUUACAUUUGUAACAAUUAAAAAUUAUUGGGAGAAGGACUAAUGUGUACAGUAUUUAAAUAAGUAAUUCAAGGUUUAUGAAGCAAAACAUUGUGAAACUAAUAAAUAUGUGGCAUUAAAAUAAAUAUAAAAAAAGUCAAAAAUAGAAAAAAGAUUAACAGCUGAAAAAUUAAAAGAAUCAUAUGAUUUGGAAAUUAAAAUUUUAGAAAAAUGUAAGAAAAAUAAUCAUAAGAAUGUCAUUGAACUUUUAGAUAACUUUGAAACAUAGGAACAUUAUAAUAUAGUUUUAGAAUUAUGUGAUUGUAAUAUAGAAUAACAUAUCUAUUUAAGCAAAUCUUAAAGAAUAUAUUGAAAAAAAAAAAGAUAAAAGAUUAACUGAACGGGAAGCAGUUGAUAUUUUAAUUUAAAUAGUUGAAGGAGAAAAAUGGUAUUUAUUUAUAUUUAUUUUAUUGUCUUCAUGAAAUAAACUAUUGUCAUAGAGAUAUUAAGCCAGAAAAUAUAUUAGUUAAAGAUGGUUGGAUAAAAAUAACAGAUGUGAAUUUAGCAAAAUAUAUAGACAAUAUGUUAAUGACAACAUAAUCACUUGUGGGAACUCCUUUUUAUUCAGCACCCGAAGUUAAUAAAAAAUAAAAAUAUUCACCAUACAAAGCUGAUAUAUAUUCAUUAGGCGUUGUCUUCUACGAAAUGUUAUACGGUUUACUAAAGAAAUAAUAAAAUAGUAUUGAUUUUAAAGAGAAAAUUAAGAAAAGCAAUAUCUAAAUUAAUGAUAUCUUAAAAAAUUUGAUUCUCAAAAUGGUUCAAGAAAAUCCUUAAGAUAGAGCAGAUUGGUUAUAUGUAUCUUCUUGUAUAUACUAAUAUGUAAUUAAUACAUAAACUAAUUCUGAUUCAAUUUAAAUUAUUUCAUCAUUCUAUUUUAAUGCUUGGUAAGAAAAAUAUCAAUUUUUGAAACAAAUAAUAUUAGACUUAUGCUUAUUAUAAAUUGAUGAUGCAAGCAUAUAUUUAUAUUAAAGUGGACUUUUGAUUAUUAAACUUUUAAUUAAAUAUGUAGAAGAAAAAAUCUUAGAAUUAUAAACUGCAAAAAAAGGUGAUGAGGUUAAACAUUAUAAAGAAGAAUAAACGUUUCUAUCUGACUAUCGAAACGAAUAUUUGAUGAAUGUUAAGUUCAAAUAUUAUUUAUUUUAUUUAGGACUUGGUAUUCUAAUACAAAAAAGGAAAUAAUAUUUUGUAAUUCUAAAGAUUUGGAAGAAGAAUUUAAAUACAUAGAGAGAAGCAAAUAGUUUGAUAAACAUUUUUAGAGUUAUUUAGCUUAUUUUUUUAAUCAGUUGAAUUCUUUAAAUUUCUAAGAUAAUAAAUUGAUGUUCAAAAAGAAAUUGAUAUAACUUAAAUUAUUGAUAGCUUGUGAUCAAAUAAAUGAUUUUGUAAAAUAUAUAUUCUAAAUAUUAGGAAUAAGUGGAAAUACUAUUAAGUUAAAGUUAGUUAUCAUAAGGGAAAAAUAUUUUAGGCUUUGUGUAAUAUGUUGAGGAAAUCUAGAUGGUAGAAGACUAUAUAAGAGCAUUACAACCUAUAAUAAAUUAAAUCCUUAAUGAUGAAUGA